AUGUGCAAGCACUUGGACAAAUGUGAUCCCUGCGGAUUUGGAGCCUUCCUGAGCAACAUGGCCCUGAUUUUGAGGUCAAAGGCGUCCAUUGCGGCAUUCCACACAUCUGUAUGGGGGAGGGCAGCAGGCGAGAUGCCAGACAAGGUGCUACUUGCGUUUCUCAUGGCAACACUGCCUUGCCGCGCCGGAGCUCGCAGCAGUGAUGGUACCAUCAGGUCACCACACAAGCCUGCAUUAACCCACUGGGCAAUUGGGAGACCUUAUUACGCUGUUGGGCCAACCUGGGUCAUGGCAGGGGCUGCUGCGAUUGAAAACAAAUGCUGGGCCAGAGGUUGCUGCCGGUACCCAGGUGCAUGCAUUGAAUCUGCAGAAUUCGCUGAUGCUGUCAGUCAUUGCCAUCGCUUGCACACUCAGACUGCCGCCACAGAGCACUUCGAAGUGUUGUGUGGCGUUGUAGCUGGUGCGUCCAAGACCAGCACAGCGAUCCGUCUGCCAAAGAAGUCCAGGGCUGAGAUUUGUGCACUUUCCAUGGCAUGGGAUGGUAUUCAGCAACAGAUUGACCAGUGUGGCAGCAGCAUCGACUUUUCCAUCAUCGCUGCAGCUUUCAGGCUGGCACAAAAGUCGCGGCACGCCGUCCCGGCCGGCAUCCUGGGCUAUCUGACGGGACUUGUGGUGAAGAAAUCGCCUAUGCAAAGGUGCAAAAUCAGAAAUGUUGUUUCGAUUCUGGAUUCUUGUGCCAGAAUGGGGUAUGUCAACAAUAGCCUGCUCGAGGUUCUUGCCAGUAGGGUGCAAAUGAGGUCAAGAAAGGUAGAUCGCCCAGCCAUGGUUAGCAUGAUGCGCUCGAUGGCCAUCCUUCACAAGACAGGGGCCAGGGGCGACAGCAAGGCGGACCAGUGGCAGUGUGCAGAUGGCGGCAGCAUGCCGACUGCUGACGCUGGCGCUCUGAAACCUCAACCGGGGCUGCUGUUCGACGGUCAGCUGCAGUUUGUGGAGUGGCUCUGGAGGCUGGCCGGCCUGCCACGCACCCUGCCCUGCUUCAAAGAGGGAGAGCUCUGUGUCCUGCUGCACAGCCUCGGGCAGAUCGGCCCACUGGCAUCGAACGGCCUCGCUCGGCCGCUGCUGGAGUCGCUGAUCGGGAGCGGGAGGCUGGACGCCUUCCGCCCCAACAGCUUGUCCAUCAUCAUCUACAGCAUGUCCAGGCUGGGCCUGGCGGACGGCCACCUGCUGCGGCCGCUGGUGGAGCGGGUCGCCGUGCGCAAGAGCCUGGAGGCCAUGCCGCUCGAGGGGCUGUCCCCCCUGGUCUACGCGCUGGGCCAGCUGGGCUGGGAUGACCCCAAGACCUCGGCGAAGGUCCUGAGCGAGGUGGUGCGCCCGGAGCGCCUGGCCCACCUCUCCGCCUGGGACCUGUCCUCCGUCUGGCACGGGCUGGCUAACCUGGGCCUAAGGGACCCGGUGUACCUCGCGCCCCUGGGGCGCGAGGCGGCCAAGCCCGCGCGGGCCGCCUCCCUCACCGAGCAGGGCCUGUCGGUAACGAUCGGCGCCGCGGGCAGGCUGCGCUACGACGAGCCGCGCUUCCUGGACGCGAUGCUGUCCGAGGCGACCAAGCCGGCGAGGCUGGCUGGGAUGCGGCAGCUGGGGGCAUGCCAGAUCGUCGCGGGGAUCUCGUGCCUGGGGACGGCGCAGACGGCGGGGCUGGAAGACCGGAUGCUGGCCAUAGUGUCGGAGAUGGUGCGCCCGGAGAGGGUGGCCGCCUGCGGGCUGCGGGACUUGUGCUCCGUGAUGUACGGGCUGAGCCGGUGGGCGCCCGGCGGGGGGCCGGAGCUGGGCACGGUGCUUGGGAGGCUGAGGGAGUGCGUCGAGGCGGGGGGGCUUGAUGACUUGACGGAGGUGGACAUGGCGUUGCUGAUCCGCGGCCUGAGGGGCCACCGGGUGGCGGACCGGCAGCUGUGGCGCCGGCUGGGCGAGGAGGCGGGCAGGGAGGCGCGCCUGCGGCGGUGCUCGGACUUCGGGCUGGCCAACCUGCUGCGGCUGAUGGGGUCGGAGCCGGGUGCGAACGCCGGCGCGGCGGCGAAGGUGCUGGGGGAGGCCACGCGUAUGGAGCGGUUGGCAGGCUGCACCGGGGCGGGGCUGUGCGGGAUUGUCGGGGCGAUCGCCGGGUUGAAGAUUUCGGACCCUGGGGCCCUCGCCAGGCUGUCUGGGGAGCUGUCGCGCCCCGAGCGGGUUUCCGGCCUGUCCAACGGCGAGCUGGCGAAACAAGUCCUCGGAUUGCUGACCAUGAUCUCUCGCGCGGAGUCCGGCGGCGGUUUGGACCAAGCAGCGGGCCCUUGGGCGGCCCUGGUCGCCCUGCUGGCCGAGGGGUCCUCCCCCGUGCGGUGCUACGCAAUGAACGGCAAGGAGCUCGCGUCGAUGCUGUACGGGCUGUCCAGACUACCUGCCGAAGUAUCCCAGGGCCUCGACACCCAUCGCGCGUUCAACGCGCUGGUCUCCUGCGUCCUGCGGGACGGCGUGCUGGACAGCAUGCCCGGUCGAUACGUCGCCAUGGCGGCCGAGGCCAUCGGCAGAUCGAUCCCCACGCGAGGGCGCGACGCCGCCCUGGCGCGGGUGGCCCGACAGGCGCUCAUCCCCGGGCGUCUGGCCCGCAUGUCGCCUCGCGACGUCUCGCGCCUGGCCCUGGGCGCCGCCCUGGGCGGCCUGGCCGACCCACCCGUGCUGGGCGCGCUGGCGGACGCUGCCUCCUCCCCGGAUGGGGCGGACCCGCGGGACCACGGCUGGCUGGCCUCCAGCCUCCACUCCUUCGCGCGCCUGGGCUACGCGCACGCCGGCCUGCUGGCGGCCGCAUCCGCCCGGCUGGCCGGCCCCGGCGUGGCGGCGGCCAUGACGGACGCCCGCCUCGCCAGCGUGCUCUGGUCCCUGGGUCGAUUUCUGCACCGCGACCCAUCUCUGCUGGACGCCAUCGUCGACGAGAUCUUCAAGAGAGACCGGGCGAGGGUGUUCGGGGACGGCAGGCUGGCCACGGCGGCGAGGGCCCUGGGCCGCCUGGGGUACCGCGGGCCCAGCGCCGGUCGGUUCUUGGAUUCCGUUGCCGAUCCGCGCCGUCUGCCCAGGCUGCCGGGACCCCUCCUGGCCAGUCUGGCAUACGCAUUGGCCGAACUGGCGCCCAUGGGGGAUCGGCUCGCAGUGGGCGUGACUGCCGAGCUGGCCGUCCCCGGGCGCGCCGCGGACCUUUCCUGGCGCCAGCUGGCGAGCGUGCUGGGCAGGGUGCACCUCCUGGGCCCCGACCCCACCCGCCGGGACGCCCUGAUCGCCGCGCUGGUCAGGGAGGUCUGGGACAGGGUGCGGGGCCCCAGGGACCUGCCCCAAAGCGCGCUCCUGCCCAUCCUGGGCGCCCUGGGCGCCGCCCAGGCGGCGGGUGCGAUCCCCGGGAGGGUCAAGAGCGUCGCGGAGGACAUCGCGGACGUCGCGAUCGGCGCGGGGAUCAACUCCCCGGACCCUGCGGCCCUGUUUGUGGCGGCGGCGGAAGGGGGGCUCCUGGCGGGGGAGAGGGCGGAGGCGGCGCUCAGCGCGAUCUGCCGCUCGGGGGGGCUGGAGCGCUGCGGCAGCCGACGGCUGGCGCGCCUAGCGGGGGCGAUGGCCGCCCUGGGGAUGCGGCGCGACCGCCUGGUGUCCGCCGUGGUGUCGGAGGCCGGGCGGCCGCGGAGGGCUGGCCGGUUCGGCGGGGAGGAGGCGGCGCAGCUAGUGGCGGGGCUGAGGGGCCUGGGGGUGGGGGAGGAGAGGCUGCGGCGCCUGUCGCAGUGGGUGGUGCGCCAAGGCGCCGGCCGCCGGGCGGGAACGCAGACCGGGGACUUGUAG